AUGGUGUCUUCUUCGCUUAUUAGUGUGGUGGUGUUUUUUUGGCUCUGCCAUGGCUGCCUGCAACUUAUCUCGGCCCAGCUGUGUGAGGUUCGUGGCUGGCGCAGCUUUGAGUGCACUGAAUUGGCGAGCCUGCAGGACAUAUAUGUGGAUCCGGCUCAGUCAGAAAACUGGCACAGCCUCAGCAUUCGCAAUGUGCGCACACAGCUCUCAAUCGAUUCAGCCCAAAACCUGCAGCAUCUGUCGAGUCUGAAAAGCUUGGAUGUGUCGAAUGUGCCGCGUCUAAGACUGGAGAGAAGGGGCUUCAGCGCUCUGGGAAAUCUGCGUCAGCUGAACAUCAGCAGCUGCGGCCUGCAACGCCUCUAUUCAACCCACUUUUCGGCUGAGUCAGCGCUACACCAGCUGGAUGCCAGCUACAAUGAACUGACAGGCCUCACAAAGGACGUGUUCUUCAGUCUGCGCAAUCUGAUUUAUGCAAAUUUCUCACACAAUUCUCUGGAGACGUUCGAACUGCCGCAGAUGCCAAUGCUUCAGCAUCUGGAUCUGAGCCACAAUGAGUUGAUUAAUGUGACGCUGGAGGAAUGCCCAAAACUACAGUUUUUGGUGCUGAAUGAGAAUCUGCUCAGUCAGCUAACAGCUAAUAUUUUUAUUGGCCUGCCGUCUCUUCUGGAGCUGGACUUGUCCAAAAAUGCCAUCGUAGCCAUAGAACCGGAAAUAUUUGAGCCCCUGACGCAGUUACGCGUUUUGAAUCUCUCUAUAAACGUGUUGGAUGCCGUGCGUCCCAAUGUGUUUGGGAACGUGGCGUUGCAACAAUUAGAUCUGAGCACCAAUCACAUACGUCUGCUGUUUGACAAGCAAUUCAUGGGACUGCCACGUUUACAGUUGCUGGAUCUGUCCAGGAAUAACAUAGCCAGCCUGAAUGAGGCCCACUUUGUGGGAUUGUCAUCUCUGCGAAAAUUGUAUUUGGAGUCCAAUGAUAUUAUCGAAAUCAAGACACAGACCUUUGCCGACCUCAGCGAUCUGGAUACGCUCGAUCUGUCACACAAUAGCAUUGAGUAUCUGGACGAGACGAUCUUCGGUGCUAAUACGCUGCCCCGACUGCGCAAAUUAAAUCUGGGAUCAAAUCGCUUGAAGCGUCUGCACGCCUUGGCCUUCUCCUCCCUCCCGUUUCUGGAGUACUUGUCUUUGGGCAACAACGAGCUGAGCAGUCUGGACGUACGCAUGUUCUCGCCUAUGCGAAAGCUCAAGAAAUUGCAUUUGGGCCAUAAUUCAUUGGAGGAGAUUAGCACUGAUGUUUUGGAGAGCUUAAACAAUAUCUCAGAGCUACUUCUCGAUAAUAAUAGAUUAACUUUUCUGCCCGAUGUUAAUACUACUUUUCCCGCCCUCAAACGUGUGUCCAUCGAGGGCAACCCCUGGCAGUGUCCUUGCUUCCAGGAGAUAGAACGCUGGCUAGCCACCAGACAUGUGACCUAUCUGCGUGAGGGCACAGGCUUCUACAAGGGCGAAAAGCCACUCUGUAUGGUCACAUCGGUGAAUUAUUGUGUGCAGAAUGUGGAGCUGGUACGAGGACAUGGCAUUGUGGAUAAGAUCGAGGAGGAGUUGGGAAAAUACAGGGACGAUGACGAAGACUGAUAAUGAAUCUUAAGAAUUAGUAAGUAAUAAUAUAAUCAUACAAUAUUUGGUGUGGAGUCGCAGAGCAUCUAUGUACGUCGACUAGAUUUUUGGGGGUUUUCUUUAAAACCAACAAACUGGAAAGCCUUGAGAUAAUAAUUGGCUUUCUUGCUGUUGGAAACCAAUUUUUUUUUUGUUAA